AUGAAUUCAUUCCUAAAGGAGAAGGUGGGAACAUGUGUUGCAGCAGAUGCAAACCCUGCAGCUACGAUCACGUGGAAAAAGAACGGAAAGCCCUUGGUAGCCGAUGGGAAAUCCGUUCUGAUCACUCCCAGCAUGAAGCUGGAUCCAGUUUCAGGCCUCUCCACCACCUCCUCCACCCUCCAGUAUGCAGCUUCCAAAGAGGACAAUGUCUCUGUCUUCUCUUGCAUGUCCACACACCAGCUGACCAAUCAGGAGGCUGAGCUGGAACCCUUUCCCAUUCACUAUCCAUCAGAGAAGGUUAGCCUCCAAGUUCUGUCCAAGACGCCAGUCGUAGAAGGAGAUAACUUCACGUUGAAGUGUCACGCUGAUGGAAACCCCCCCCCCAGCUCCUUCUUCUUCCACAUGAAGGGCCAGAAAGCGCUGGUGGAAAAUUCGGACACCUACACGCUGACGUCCAUUAGCAGAGAGGCUGGGGGGGAAUACAAAUGCUCCCUGGCUGACAACGAGAAAAUGGAGUCCUCCCAAACCAUUGUUGUUAGCUACCUGGACCUGAGUCUGACCCCCUCUGGGACCGUGUGGAAGGCAAUAGGAGACAACUUUACUGUGAAGGUGGAGCAGAGCUCCUCGGGUGUGGCUCAAGUGUCGUGGACUAAGAAUGGACAGGAAGUGAGGCAGCCGGAGUUCAGCUGGCUGACGUACGCUGAUGCAGGAGUGUAUGUGUGUGAGCUCUCCAUGCCCGGCCUCACGCGGCGCUGCAGCGUUGAGCUGAUGGUAGAAGGAAAGCCAGAAAUCACGGGCCUGAACAAAUACCGCCCUGAUGGCGCCAGCUACAAAGUUCUGACCUGCGAGGCAACGGGAGUUCCAGAACCCAGCUUCCACUGGAGCGUCAACACUACGAGCGUAA